AUGUUCCAGCUGGUCCUGUCCCUGCUGGUGGCUGUGGCUGUGGCUGAGAGACCGCCUCUCUCCUACGACGCCCCUGCACCCCACACAUCCUCGCCCGUUCAGCAGAUCCCCAUCAUCCGCGACGAGCGAGUCCAUCCUGCCGCUGACGGCACUUACAGCUUUGACGUUGAGACUGGGGAUGGCAUCGUCAGGAGCGAGUCUGGCGGUCCAGGUGGUGCUCAACAGGGAACCGUGAGCUUCACCUUCCAAGAUGGUCAAGUUUUCGAAAUUCAGUUCGUCGCUAACGAUAAUGGUUACCAACCCCAGUCGCCCUUCCUGCCCGUCGCCCCUGCCUUCCUCUACCCAGUCCCCGCCCACGCCCUCGAGCAGAUCGAGCGUGACCGACUUGAACUCGAGGCUCGCGCCCGCGAAGAACAACGUCAGUCCUCAAGCCAGGGACAAGCCACCCCUUCUCGCCACUACGGUCAACCUCAGUGAAGAGGUCUCCAGUGAACUUCAAAAGUACUAUAUUUAUUGUAUUGCUUCGCAUAAAUAUGAAAAAGUUAACGAUACUUUUAAGCAUUCCACUGCAACAACGGAUAUCUAACUAGUUAAACUAAAACCAACACUAGUUGAGAAGAAAUUUGUUGUGAUUACUGAAGAAGAAUUUCUUUGAUCUAUUGUCAUUCGAUAUAACAGAACAUUAACAAUGUUUAGCUGGGUGACACGGCUGUGCUUAACAUUUAGGCAUAUGUAACCUUACAUAAACCAAAUCCAAAAUAGGAUUAUAGAUUAUGAUUAUAAUGGUUAAAUGAAUAACUCUGGG